AUGGGCGAGUCGCGGAUCCUGUCCCGGGCCGAGGCGCUGCAGCUCGGGCCCGGCUGGAGUCACGCCCUGAUCUGCGCGCCCUGCCCCGGCCGGCUCUUCGGGCGCGUCCCGCUGCGCCACGCCGUGCUGAUGCAGAUGCGCUUUGACGGGCGGCUGGGGUUCCCGGGGGGGUUCGUGGACCCCCAGGACGGCUCCCUGGAGGCCGGGCUGAACCGGGAGCUGCGGGAGGAGCUGGGGCCCGGGGCGGCCCCCCUGAGCCUGGCCGAGGGCGACCAUCUCGGGGCUCGCUGCGCGGAGAUGCCCCAGCGCCUGGUGGCUCAUUUCUACGCCAAGCGGCUCAGCCUGGAGCAGCUCCAGGCCCUGGAGGACGAAGCCACGAAAGCCAAAGAUCACGGGCUGGAGGUCCUGGGGCUGGUGCGCGUCCCCCUCUACACGCUGCGGGACGGGGCCGGGGGGCUCCCCACUUUCCUCUCCAACAGCUUCGCCGGCUGCGCCCGGGAGCAACUUCUGCAGGCGCUGGGGACCCUGGGGCUGGUGCCCGAGGCCGAGCUCCGCCGGGCCGACGCCGCCUCCCUGAAAGGACUCUGA